AUGGCCGGUGGCUUUCUCCCUUUCGUCUCCGCCGCCUUUGGCUGGAUCUACUUCGUCGCCUGGUCCGCCUCUUUCUACCCGCAAGCGCUGCUCAACUGGCGCCGCCGGUCUACCUCCGGCACCACCGUCGCCUUUCCGUUCCUCAACUGCUUCGGCUUCACGGCGUACUUUGCCUCCAACGCCGUCUUCUACUACUCCCCCGUCGUCCGGGCGCAGUACGCCGCCCGCCACGGCGGCCUGACCCCGACCGUCCAGUUCAACGACAUCGUCUUCGCCCUCCACGGCCUCGUCCUCAGCCUCAUCGUCACCUCGCAGUACUUCUUCGCCAGGUCGCUAUGGGGGUUCGCACCGAGCCGAGGCGCCAGCCCUAGCCGGCCCAUCCUGGGCAUCAGCGCCGGCUGCGUGGCCGGGGUCGUCGUGACCGUCCUCGUCGUCCUCUUGUCCCCGGGCACCGGCGACCCGGCCGUCGACUGGUGCGAGCUCGACGUCGUCUACGCCGUCGGCUACGUCAAGGUCGUCGUCACCCUCGUCAAGUACACCCCGCAGAUGGUCGCCAACUACCGCAACAAGAGCACAAAGGGUUGGAGCAUCUGGCAGAUCCUCCUGGACGUGCUCGGCGGCGUCCUGAGCGUCGCCCAGCAGGGGAUCGACAGCUACCUCCAGCACGACUGGAGCGGCAUCACCGGCAACCCGGUCAAGUUCGUGCUCGGCAACGCGAGCAUGGCGUACGACGGCGUCUUCAUCUGGCAGCACUAUGUGCUCUACCCAGAGCGGCCGGCGAAUGCCACGGAGGACGAGGAGCGUCGGCUGCUGGGCGAGGACGCCGAGAGAAGGAUAGACUGA